CGGGUCCUGCGCAAGGCGAGAGUUUGUUCGAAAAAUCGCCGAACAGUGAAAUUAUCGUGCGGGUGUUGGGUGCAGUGGUCGGUGCGCGCACGCUCACCAGCGUCAAGUGAGACGAGCGCGGUGUUGAGCGGGCCCCGCAAAAAAAUAAGUCGUCAGUUUUAAUCCAUGAAAAUCGUCGCAAUCCGGUGAAACAGUCCCGCGUUCCGGUUGAAAUCGAGGCGGCCGUGCAUCGUCGAAAAUGGCGGAGGCCGACAAACUGAACAUAGACAGUAUUAUCGCCCGUUUGUUGGAAGUGAGAGGAGCAAGACCCGGCAAAAAUGUACAACUAACAGAGAACGAAAUACGGGGCCUGUGUCUUAAGUCGCGAGAAAUCUUCCUGUCGCAACCCAUCCUGCUGGAACUGGAAGCUCCACUAAAAAUAUGCGGGGAUAUACACGGACAGUACUACGAUCUGUUGCGUCUGUUCGAAUACGGCGGUUUUCCACCUGAAUCCAACUACCUGUUCCUCGGCGAUUACGUGGAUCGUGGCAAACAAUCGUUGGAAACGAUCUGCCUGCUGUUGGCGUACAAAAUCAAGUAUCCGGAAAACUUUUUCCUGCUGCGUGGCAACCACGAAUGCGCCUCCAUCAACCGUAUCUACGGUUUCUACGACGAAUGCAAACGACGGUAUAAUAUUAAACUAUGGAAAACAUUCACGGACUGUUUCAACUGUCUUCCGGUCGCCGCUAUCGUCGACGAGAAGAUAUUCUGCUGUCACGGCGGCCUCAGCCCCGAUCUCCAAUCGAUGGAACAGAUCAGACGCAUAAUGCGACCGACGGACGUGCCUGACCAGGGUCUGCUGUGCGAUCUGCUGUGGUCGGACCCCGACAAAGACCAGAUGGGUUGGGGCGAGAAUGACAGGGGUGUGUCGUUCACGUUCGGGGCCGAGGUGGUCGGCAAGUUCUUGCACAAGCACGACUUCGAUCUGAUCUGUCGGGCGCACCAGGUCGUCGAGGACGGCUACGAGUUCUUCGCCAAGAGGCAACUCGUCACGCUCUUCUCGGCGCCCAAUUAUUGUGGUGAAUUCGACAACGCGGGAGCCAUGAUGUCAGUGGACGAGACACUGAUGUGCAGCUUCCAGAUCCUGAAGCCGGCCGACAAGCGGAAGUUCCAGUACAACAUGAACUCGGGCCGGCCGACGACCCCGCCCCGAGGGGCGCCGAACAAGAACAAGAAGAAAUGAGGUGGCGGACGCGCGACGCCGUGACAGCGUCCCUAUCUAACUAUUAAGUGUUUUUUUUUUGUAUUAGAAUUAGGUCCAAACAAAACUACUCUCCACAUACGCCCCCCAAGACAUAAGGCCCGGCGCCGGGCCCUCUGUUGCGGUACUCUCUCGCGUUUUAUUCGACAAUUUUUUUUUUAAUAUUAUUGAUUAGCCCGGACCGCGGGCGUUUUUGGAUUAUGGAUUUAGGUGCAACGCCGUUUUUUCUGUUUAUUAUAUUUUUUUAUUUUGACAUGUAAAGUAUUUUUGUAUAUCAUGCUGAUUAUGGUUCGAAGUGAGGGGUUUAUUUUUUUUAUCGUUCACAAUAUUUUGUAAAUACAAUACGUUGUCGGCCGUUGCAGUAAAUUAUACCCACCUAAGGUAAGCCUUUAUUUAAUGAAUAAACAUUUUAACAAACGCUU